AUGUCCUGUCACCAUGACGCAUCUCACUUCCAUCGCAUUCAAUCAGACCUAUCUGCCAUGGCCAGGCCGGAUCAUCUACAGGCCGAUUGCACACGUAGGCCUGCUCCUCCCUACAGCACAAAUCUCGUCGUCUCUCCUUCUUCGCGUAACCAUUCCGUCUUUCGCUGUCCAUCAUCCUCUCUCAGCUGCUGGACGUAUGAAGAUGAUUGGCGGAUAAGUAGAUGGCCAAUAAUUGUUAAGAUUACCUCAUGUCGCCUGCAUUCCGAUGGUUGCGCUUUCCUAGUCAGACUCUACUGCGCCUUGACGAUAGAGGCUUCAACCCGACCUUUGUUGUCUAUAUAG